UGGAGCACAAACUACAUUGAGAACAUUCGUGACCAAUUAACAUUUUUAUCAUCUAAAACGUUAUCACGUCACGUCUCUGAGCCAGUUAAAUCCCGCCUUCAUCCAAUAUAAAUAGACCAGUGUUUUAUGCCCAACAAAAUAGCAUCUGAGAGAACAUUGAAUGAGCAAGAUAGUAAACAUACGGAUAUCAGUAAACUCGGGCAACAAUGAAUGGAACUCAUGAUCAGCCAGCGAGCUGCUUCAGCGAUCUUGCAGCAGGGAGAAUUGGAAAAACCUUCGCUUACUGCCUGAUAUUCAUUGUUUCGUUGGUUGGGAAUACUUUAAUCGGAAUAAUCGUCUACAAGACAAAAACAAUGAGAACAAGCACCAACUUUCUGCUAGUAAACAUGGCCAUGUCCGAUCUGCUGUUACCGAUUUUCCUGUUCCCGAAGGUUGUAGCAGAAUUGUAUGUCGACUCCUGGCUGAUAAGCGGACCUCUUGGUCAGGUCUUGUGUAAGCUGCAUAUCUUCGUUUCUGAUGUCUCCGCAACGGUUUCUACUCAGAGCCUAAUGCUGAUAGCGGUAGAUCGAUUUGGAGCUGUGGUAUUUCCCCUCCGUUCUCCGCUCAUCAACCCUAAACUUUGCCUCUUCUUCAUUCCCGUCACUUGGAUCAUCUCGAUGGCUGUCCAGUCCCCAUAUCUCUUCACUUUCAGACUUGUUGGAUACCCUGGGAAGCUGGUGUGUGCACGGGACUGGAGUGGAGCCUUUGGAGAGUCCUCGUCCUUUGCAAAUUACAUUUUGGCAAUAUUUGUUGUGUUCCUUUAUAUCCCUUUAGUUUUAACGACUGCACUUUACUCUAUUAUUGUCCUGAAGCUCAAGUCACAGCCGACGCCAGGCGAGCAUUCGAUCAACGCUGCACGGCAACGAGAGAAAAGGGAAAGAAACCUGUCAAAAAUGGUCAUUGCUAUUUUGUUUAGUUUUGCAUUAUGUUGGGUGCCAUUCACUAUUUUUGUCUUAGUAGGAAAAGUGACUUGUAGCGCUAUACAUUAUUUUUUUAUUGCACAGAUCGUCGCUCGCGCAAAUUGUGCUAUUAACCCUUGGAUUUGUUUAAUUUUUAGUCGAAAGUACCGCCAAGGUCUUAAGAGCCUGUUCAGUUGUUUUUCGUCCCCGCAAACAAGUAAUGAAGUAGCACCAAUUGGUUCGUAAAGUAAUCUACCAAUAUAUAGUCUAAGAUCACUCUUAGGAAUUAUUUUAAGCAGGCUUAUGAUAUCGAUACUAUAUUCGUAAGAAACAAGCAGCAUAUAAUCCAGCUGACCAAGUUAGGGGCCGGUGAAUUUGUAAGGAAUGGCCACAAUCUAAAAGCUAUCAGAUAAAAUGUCUUUAUUGGA